GUCUUUUUUACUAGGCUGAAAAACAGUCCAUUGACACAAGACGCAUGCGCCUGGAGACUUAAAUCCUGAAUCACUGCACCAGAAAAACAUGGAUUUGCUGGAGGCAAUACUCACCUUGCUGGGUGCAACAGUUCUUGUCUAUUACGGAGGAAAGUUUGUGCUCUUUAGUCGGAUGUUUUUUCCUAAAUGGUGUUUUCCUCUGUCAAAAACUUUCUUCACCUCUAUGGGAGAAUGGGCAGUCAUUACUGGUGCUUCAGAAGGUGUUGGGAGAGCUUAUGCAUUUGCACUUGCCGAGAGAGGAAUGAAUGUUGUUAUCAUGAGUCGGACCAAAGCAACGCUGGACCAGGUGGCAAAGGAAAUAGGUUCCUAUUUUCCAAAUGUCACAGGUGAAAAAACAGGACGGACAGUGAAGGUGGUUGUGGCAGACUUCAGCAAGGAGAAUACCUUUGCAACUAUAGAGGAAGAGAUAAAAGACCUUAAUGUUGGGGUUUUAGUAAACAACAUUGGGGUGCUCCCCAACAUCAUCCCCUCCAGGUUUCUGGAAUCGGAGGACCUGGACAAGGCGAUAACCAACGUGAUAAACUGCAAUGUGAAAACUUUGUGCAAGAUGUGCAAAAUAAUCCUCCCAGGCAUGGAGAACAGGAGAAAAGGGGUGAUUAUCAACAUUGCUUCAGGAAUUGCUUCUUUCCCCUGCCCGCUGUAUACCCUCUAUGCUGCAUCAAAGAUCUUUGUGGAAAGAUUUUCUCAAGGUCUUCAAGCAGAGUACAAGGACAGAGGGAUCCUCAUACAGGCAGUUGCUCCAUUUGGGAUCUCUACUCGGAUGGCACAUUUCCAGAAAGCCAACAUUGUUACUCUGCUGCCAGAAGACUUUGUACAAAAAUCCCUGCAGUACCUCACAGCCGGAGAAAAAACCCAUGGCAGCCUCUGUCACACAAUCCUGGGUUGGCUGCUGCACUCUAUUCCACUUAAGGUUCUCCAUUCCGAGUAUGUGCUGCAAAAGUUACAGAACUACAUCGAAAAGAAAAUAGAACAGGAAGAAAAUGGUUCUACAUGAAAAUAGACACAUGGAAGUGGUAGGUAGAAAUAGGAAACUAUGAAGAUUGUAAAUCCAUCUUUUUUUUAUUUUGGCUUUCUAGUGGCUUUUAUUCAUCAGUAGAGGGAGAGAAAGGAGGUUGGAUAGAGAUGGGGGGGGGGGGUUCAGCAAAGGUCUCUUGGUCUGGAUUUGAAACGAUGGUGGCUGCAUUGAGGACUGAGACCUUUGAGCGUGGCACCACUUUCUCUACUUUACUCCCAUGCUGUUUUAGUUAUGGAACAGGUGGAUGUUGUGAACAUGAAAUAAGUGAAUAUAAUGAUCUCUGUUAGUUUUAUUUUGAAAUAACUCAAAUGUGCCAUACUUAUGUGCAGCUAUACUGUUUCAUUGAACAAAUGUUUUGGAAUUUCUGUUUUGAAUCCUGUUUUUUUAUCAUUCUUCUACUAUGUAGCAUUUUAAGCACACAUAUGCCAGUUUAAUGUAUAACGCACAAGCUGUAGGAUAUGACAUAGUAUAUAACCCAUCACCCACUGGCUCAUUUUGAGUGUUUAGAGUAACAAUGCAUGAAAUAUGCAAAUAUUGAUAUUAGUACAUGAUACUUAUGCCAUACCAUUUUUGAACCUUGUUGAAUAAAGUUCUU